GAGGCAGGUAGCUUGUUUCAGAUAUGCUUCCUGGUGUCUGACUCAGCCUUUAUUACAGCAAGCUGAGCAUCAGCCUGAAAGCAAUGUGAAACACCCCUGAUUGGCUCAUGCAGUUAUUAUGUGUGUAUUCAUCCAUUAUUAACGACACACACAUACUAUGCUGCAUUGUGUCGUCAUUCUGGUAGAGAAGAGAUCUUUUCAGAAGAGUUAGAGGUAUCCUUUUCUCACAGCAUCCCUCAGUGGUCCGGACUGGGAGGGGUAUUGUGCUCCUAGCGUGGAGGGUACCUCAGCCUCCGGUAAAAGGAGCAGACUAGCGAAGGAGGGCGGAGGGGAGAGAGGAGACUUCGGAUGAGGAGGCAAGAGGAGAGCGGAUGCUGUCUGCCCACACCCUGAGAUGCUAGGCUGGCUUAGAGAGGACGAAAUGUCUCUGCAGGAGUUCCAGCAACGUGUGGCCUGUGUCAUCACACAUGUCGAUGAGAUCAUGCAGCAGGAGAUCAGGCCCCUGCUGGCGGUUGACAUCAUAGAACAGCUGCACCGGCAGUUUGCCCUUCUAUCAGGAGGAAGAGGAAAAGAUGGCGCUCCAAUCAUCACCUUUCCUGAGUACUCAGGCUUUGGUGACCUCCUGGACGAGGACUUCCAGAAUGUUGUAACAUAUUUGACCAGCAUCCCCAGCUUGGAUGCUGCCAGCAUUGGUUUUGUUAUUAUCAUCGACCGCAGGCGGGACAAAUGGAGCUCAGUGAAGGCCUCGCUGACUCGGAUAGCGGGAGCAUUUCCAGGGAACCUCCAGCUCGUCUUGGUGCUGAGGCCUUCACGUUUCAUCCAUAGGGCCAUCGCUGACAUUGGUAUUAAGCUACACCGUGAUGACUUUAAAAUGAAGGUACCGAUUGUGAUGCUUAACUCCCUGUCCGACUUACACAGCUACAUUGAUAAGGGCCAGCUAACAUGCGAGCUUGGUGGGAAUCUGGAGUACUGCCACAGCCAAUGGAUCCACCACCGGACAGCCAUUGAAAACUUUGCUGUGACGGUUAAGACCACUGCCCAAAUGCUGCAAAAGUUUGGUGCCGAUCUGGCUGAGACAGAGCUGCCCAAUGACGUGCUGUGUACCAAAGGCCUGCUCAGUACUCACACUGAGAAGCACGACAAACUCAAGGAUGAACUGAAAUUAGCGAUGACACAGGGAACCACUCUACUGGGCUGUAUCAAAGAGCAGGCCGCCAAGUCGGAGAACCACAAACUUAACCCAGAUGAGAUGGAAAACCAGACCACUGUGGAAAGAUUGUUGGCUCAGCUGGACGAGACAGAAAAUGCGUUUGAACAGUUUUGGUGUAAACAUCACCUCAAACUAGAGCAGUGCCUACAGUUACGACAUUUUGAGCAUGACUUCCGAGAGGUGAAAGUGUCCUUGGACAGCCUGAUGGAGGCUCUGCCGGUCCUGUCUGACAUUGGGGACUGUGUCGUCCGGGUGGAGAUGUUACUGAAGGACCUCAAGACCUUAGAAGAGAAGGCCCGGGAGUCACUAGAGAAAGCCCAGCUCCAUGCCCUACAUGGAGACCAGCUGAUUCAGAGUAACCACUAUGCUGUGGACUCUAUCCGGCCCAAGUGUGUGGAACUACGACGCAUCUGUGACAACUUUGCCAAUGAGGCCAGGAAGAAACACGACAUCUUGUCCAAAUCGCUACAAAUACAUAUGGGUAUCGACAAGGUGAACCAGUGGUGUGAGUCGGGGGUGUACAUUCUGGCCUCUCAAUCAGUAGAUAAGUGUCAGUCCCAGGAAGGGGCUGAGGCAGCCCUGCAGGACAUUGAGAAGUUCCUGGAGUCAGCUAAAGAGAACCAACUGAGCGACCUCAAGAACAUCCACAACCAGUAUGAGCUUGUCCUCACCGCUGAAGUCAAGGCAGACGUGCAGAAGGCACUAAAGAGGCUAGAGGACGUAAAGGAGAUGUUUGAGAAGCGUCAGGUCAGUCUGAAGAAGCUUUCUGCUAAACAGACCCGGCCGGUACAGCCUGUGGCGCCCCGGCCCGAGUCAUCCCCCAAACGGCCUGCACCCCCAAAAACGCCCAGGACCACCGGCCCGGCCUCAGUCUCCAGUCGAAGGCUCUCGGAGAACUCCACUGCCACAAAGCAGCCCCCAGAGACUGAACUUGCCAAAAAGAAAAACUUAAACCGCAAAGUCAAAGGGAGUCUGAAGAUUGAAGUAAUGCAUGAGGCAAGCCAGGGAGGAUCCAGUCACAUCCUGGUGAUGCACGAAACGGAGGAGAGUCUUUGGAGCAGGCGAAGACACAUAAUGAACGAGCUGAUUGAAACAGAGAGGCUGUACGUCGAGGAGCUACAGAGCAUUAUGGAGGGCUAUGCUAAUGAGCUGGACAAUACCGAGCUUUCCCCCCUCAUUCCCACAGCUCUGGAGAACAAGAAAGACGUGUUGUUUGGUAAUCUCCCUGAAAUAUAUGAAUUUCACAACAGGACAUUUCUCAAAGAGCUUGAAAAUUGUAUGGAGAGGCCAGAAUUGGUGGGGACCUGCUUUUUGAAAAGGAAAGAAGAGCUGCAGAUAUAUGAGAAGUAUUGUCAGAACAAGCCCCGUUCAGAGGCCCUUUGGAGACAUUGUGGAGAUAGUUUGUUCUUCCAGGAAUGUCAGAAGAAGCUGGACCACAAACUAUCCCUUGAUGCCUAUUUACUUAAGCCUGUGCAGAGGAUCACUAAGUACCAGCUGAUGCUGAAGGAGAUGUUAAAGUGCAGUAAGAACCAGGACGGUACUGCUGAGCUAGAAGAGGCCUUGUCCACCAUGUUGGACAUCAUUAAGUCUGUGAAUGACUCCAUGCAUCAAAUCGCCAUCACUGGAUUUGAGGGGAACCUGGGUGAACUCGGCAAACUCCUUAUGCAAGGCUCAUUCAAUGUGUGGACAGACCACAAGAAAGGCCACACCAAGGUGAAGGACCUGGCCCGAUUUAAACCCAUGCAAAGACACCUGUUCCUCUACAACAAGAUGCUACUUUUCUGUAAGAAGCGGGAGGAUACCACAGAUGGCCAUGAGAAGCCAUCUCCUUCUUAUAGCUUUAAACACUCUCUAAAGAUGAGUUCCGUGGGAAUCACAGAAAAUGUCAAAGGAGACAUUAAGAAGUUUGAGGUCUGGUAUAAUGGCAGAGAGGAAGUCUAUAUCAUUCAGGCUCCCACCAUGGAUGUGAAGAACAUGUGGGUGUCAGAGAUCCGGAAAGUUCUGACGGGCCAGCUAGAAGCUUGUAGAGAGGCGAGCCAGCUCCAUCAGAAGAUCACUGAGAGUGUCCAUCAUGCUCCCAUGAGAAACAUGCGCAAAAUGGCCCUGAGACAGUCAGACUCGUCCAGCCCAGAGACGGGCUUCAGGAGGAGCAACCCCAGUCCCACCAUGCGACAGAAACGAGCUGAUGCUUCCACCACUAAUCCUGACCACUCAGCUGCUUCGGCUAGGAAGCGCUUCACCUUGCAGGGCCUCUCCAACAGAAGGUCUCUUCCCGCAGCUGAGCCUCCAUCUAAGGAGACAGAUGUCACGCGCCGCUUCUCUUUAGCCUCCUCUAUCAGUGUCUCCGCCACAAGACGCACAAAAGGUCCUCCUUCAACUAACCUUAAAAAGACCAAAAGACACGAGAUAAAGAGCGAUCCAACUCCAUUCGGUUAUGAAGAUACAUUACGUGACGCUAUCCCUGCCGUGAGCAAAGGCAACACAAGCACUGCUUCAGCGGUGCCUAGGUCCACUUCUCAACCAGGCUGGACCCAGCGCCGAUUGCCUUCAAUAGACACAGAGGACUUUGAAACCAUUCCUUCCAGUGCAGAGGAGCUCUCCAAUUCUUCGGAUGGCGAGGACGAGUCCAGUAAUAAAAAUGACGACCAUGAUCGCUUCUGUGUCCAGUUGACAUACGAGUCCAGGACGGCGCAGGACCUGUCUCUGGAGUCAGGAGAUUUAGUACAGUUCCUGGAGGAGGCAGAGAAUGGCCACUGGCUAGUCAAGAAUCUUAUUACUCAGAAGACAGGUCUGGUACCGCCCAGUAUAUUGCAGACAGCAGAAGGAGAUCAUUCAUACAGUAACACUGAUAUCUUCAGUGACAUGUGCACAGCAGCUCUGUCUGACUCAGAGGAAAAUGAAAACAGUACGCGUGGACAUUUAACUCAGGACAGCAGAUAAGCUUGAUGGACCAUUUGGCCAUGAAGUUCUGAAACAUGCCAGUUGACCAACUAACUUCACAGUUCAGGAGGAAAUUUUAGCUGCUGUGCUCAGACAGAGAGCUUUGCGUCUGAAAUCCAGUCAAACGUCUGUUGCUGCUAUGCUAGACUGAAAAUAUGCCCGUGUUGCCCUGCUUCAGCUGCCAAUAUUAAAGAAAAAUACUUGUACCAUCAGUUUGCCACAUCUCGAAGCCUAGAAGUUGGUCUGUUUAUCAUUUCUGUCUGAGCUCUGCUGUGCCUUUGCUGCACAACACACUCCCUCCUGUGGCUUUAUGGGGUAACCGUGUGGAGCGUCAUCAUGACCAGGACACAGUGGACCAUGAAGUAGCACCACAGGAACUGGACCUCCCUCCAUUAAGGCACAUAUCCUUAACCUAUAGAUAAGAUAGGAGACAGGCUUUGAUUGUAUUAAUACUUUGAAAGUGCUUAAAAAGUAAGAUUCUGUCAACUUUUGCUGUUUUGUCCUGCUGAAUUGCCUGCUAUAGUCGGUGGACAAAAUAACAACAAGACCACGUAUAAAAGAACAUUUGCUUUGAAGUAACUAAACCACAAUUACAAACUCAGUUGCAGAGGUCACAUUAUGUUGAUUUACAAUUUGCAAUACAUAUGUCAGCUAUAAAAGAGGUGUGAUAAUUAGCACUUUUAGGCAUCAUGAGGCAACUAACAGAUAUCCAAAGAGGCCUGCAUUCAGUGACCGGGAUGCCGGUACAUCAAUCAAAAAAUCUGCAAAAUGAUUGAAUGUUUGAAGGGGAAUAGUCUAUAAAACCAUGACACCAUAAGCCGAACAUGGACAAAUUGCCGCGACAAUGGGGAACAUUGUUCUCAAGUCAAAGCUGACCAACAAGGACACUUACCAGGAUAGUAGUUAAAUUCCCCAAAAGCAGAGUCUCAAAAAUGACCAGGACUGGCUCAGUAUCUCUGUGACCCAGCCUCAACAAAAACUGUUUGUGGUGAGCUUCACUAAGCUGGAAUUUAUGGAAGGACUGCCAUUCGGAAUCCACUACUAUACAAGGCCAUCACACAAAGACACUUAACUUGGUGUUAGGAGCACAAAACAUGGAGCCCUGAGCAAUGGGGGAAAAGUAACAUGGUCUGAUGAUUAACUUUUUUUGUUUGGAGAAAGCCAAAGGAUGCCUUCAGCCCAGAAUGUCUACUGCCAACUGCUGAACAUGGUGGGGGAUCCGUAAUGGUAUGGGCAGCCAUCCUGUGGGAGUCAUUAUGUCCGAUGAUUGCUCUGCAUGGUUGUAUAAUGGCCAAGGAAUAUGAGACCAUUUUACAGGACCAGAUGCACCCUGUGGUGCAAACAGUGUUCAUGAUGUUCCUGUAUUCCUAGAUGUUAAUCCUUCCACACACUCUGCUGAACAAAUUCAAGAGUGGUUUUAUGAACACUGGGGUGAUGUCAAAUGCCUUCCAUGGCCUCCCCAAUCACCAGAUCUGAACAUCAACAUCAAUGGGAGGUUCUGAAGUGUUAUUUCCACUUCCUUCAUCCCUCAAAGAACUGGAGGCUUUUCUUCUUGAAGAAUGGUGCAAUAUCCCACUACAUACAGUUCAGGCCUUGUCUUAAAGGAUUGGAGUUGUACUGAAGGCAAACGUUGGCCCUACUCUUUAUUAGGUCCUUGAAAUGAUUAUAUUUUAGGUGUUCCUUUUAUUUUGUCCACACCCUGUAGAUCAGUUGUUUUAUAAAUGACUGAGGGGAUUUCUCAUUCUGCAAAAGAUACUAUUCCUUUAAAACACCAUUUAUGUAGAUCCUUAUUCCUUACUAAUGUAACAUAUUUGUAUUAUGUGUGUAACUAUUCUACAACUAUAAAUUUCCAUCUGAUCAUUGUAAAUGUAUUGACGCCCUCUUUCAGACUUUGGCUUCUGCCUCUCUCUUGUGGCAUUAUCUCAAAUGUUUGUCCUGGGUUCAUCGUAGUGAAUUCACUCAUGAAAUAGCGUCUUACAGUGGCUUAAGAAAAGUAGCUUAUGGUUAUAGGCAUUGAACAUAGCAUGAACAUAUUUUAUAUUUAAUUAAUCUACAUUCAAAUAAUGUGCUACCGUUGUAAAAACAAUACUAUUCAGAAUUUACUGUACAGCCAGUUUGAAAUUGUAUGGCUAUAUGCUGUAGCCCAAUAUAGAAUAUUGAACUGUUAUGUUUAUUUAAGAGCUGGCUUUACCAUCAAUGAUUUGACUUAAGAUCCCACAAUUGUUAAUCAUGUGAAUUUUGUAUUUAUCAAUGUUUGAAAGCCAUAGAAUGGCAGUGAAUGCCCUAGACAUUGUAUAACAACAUACCUGAUAUUGUAUAUGGAUACAGUGUAACAUUUGUUUAGUAUAGAGAGCAUCAAAAAGCUGUAUUGCUACUACAAAAAAAUAUAUUUAUUUAUUUAUUUGACCCUUUUAUACCCAGGUUAAUUUUGGACGACCAAAUAACAAUUAACUUGUUGUAUCAUGUAAAUGUGAUUCAAUCUCUUCUGAAUGCCCAAUAAGGAGUACUUCUGUGUUCUGAUGUUUACAAUUUUACAUGUUUAAGAACUGGAAGACAUUAAAAGUUAUCAUGUGCACAAAGCAGAGGUAACUAGAUUUAGUGUAGUAAAUCCUGAUGAAGUUACGUAAAAAAUACGUCUUGAUUCUUUUCAAUCAAUUUUAUUGUCUUGUUAAUCUUUGAGACAGGGUCUCUGCAGACAGUAUGUUAGAUGUUGUUGAAGUCCACCAAAAGACAAUUCAUUUUCACAAAGCACAAAGCGAUUGCUUUUUCAAGCAGAAGUGUUCGACUCGUUUAAAAUGAUUUAAGGCUGUGCUACAUUGAAAUCAGAAUGAAAUUGUGACUGUUUUCUAUGGACCAUCAUAUAUGUACUGUAAGUGAUAAAUGUAAAUUAGCUUUCUUUACCAUUUAUAAAUAUGAUAUACAUAUCUUGAAAACCAGAUGUACUUAUUCAAGGUCUUUUGUAUGGUUUCAAAGGGAUGGGUUUAUUGCUGGGCAUUUUCAUUUUAUCUAUUCAAACAAUUUCAUGUUAUCUAUUCAGAAUAAAGCCAUGGGUUCUCUCAUUUUCUUUGGCCCACUGUGUGGCCUUAUCACAUGUAAAAUGUGAAAUAAUCAAAUUACAUGAUUUUAAAAUAAAAUGUAGAAUGACAAA